ACCUUGCCUAACUAGGUAUCGUCGAAUGCUCGUGCAUUUCGGCUUCAGUCCACUGAAUUCGAUGCCUGGGAAACAGCUCAGCAACCGUGCUUUCUACUCGUGCCCAACUAAGCCAGUUUACUCCUCCUCCACACCGUCAUAAUAAUCACGCUUUCCUCCCCUUUCAACACUCUGCACCAAACCGUCUGAUAUAUGGAAGGUUCACUUCGCCACUUGCAUAUACUUCUGCAUCCACAAACCAUAAAACAUGCCGUCGGUAACCCAAGAGCAACCGGUCGUCCCAUCCAAGAAGAGGCGGCGAGACGAUCAGUACGCCAUCGGAGUGCCCAAGCCAUUGCACGAGCCAACCCGUGUUCAGACUCGGACGAUUAUCUCGACAGAUGUCCCCGUUUUCAGUACCCAUUUACUACGUCGAGACGACGCCUGCUACACUGGAGCAAACCGCAGCCAUGAGUCCAACUACCUUCCCACAGGCCACACACAGCCGAGGGAGAUCGCUCCCUUACCCGCGUCAAAACGGCCGCGGAUAUUCGACGAGGAGAAGACGAGAUCGCCUCCUUCACGAUCCGCCUCCCCGACCGCGUCACGCCAGUCCAAGCCUCCCCCGACGAGCCCCCCGGGACGGGGUGAAUUGCGGGAAACGAGCGCCAACAGCAGGCCGUCGCCUACGCGGGCAAACUCGGGACUCCUGCUGAGCCGCUGCCACAUCUGCCACCGCAAGCCGACCAGGAAGUCCGACCUCGACUCCUUUGCCGACUGCCAGGGCUGCGGCCGGCGGACCUGCUUUGUCUGCCUGCGGCAGUGUCUCGAUUGGAGACCCGACUCUGGGGACGAGAUGCUCUGCAACGGUCCGACCCAGGACCUCUCUGCCUCGUUCCAUAUGGAGGAUGCCGACGCCGAGACCGAGGGAAGGGAAGGUGUAGCGUCGGAGAGUGGAUCACACCGGAACCUCGACAAGGAACAGCAACGGCAAGCAGACGGAUGGGCCAAAGGAGGGCAUCGCCAGGUCGUCUGCAGUCGAUGUUGUGUGGAGAGAGGACCGGAUGGAGACGUCGUCUGUCUGGGCUGCCUGCCUUUUGCGGAGGGUUGAAUAGGUACACGGAACACGACAUUCUGCUGUCACCAUGGCGCAGAGCGACGACUAUUCUUCCCCCAAGCCCGGCGUCAAUGACGUGACGCCCAUAUGAGGCAUGC